AUGCGGACACCGGUCCCCCGGCACCCGUCAGGACAAGGCCCGGUUGGACCGCAGCAGCUUGAGCAACACUAUGGGGUGAGCAACUCGUUUCCCGCUAAGGGCCCUCCCAAGAACAAAAGUCUGACCGGAAGUGCGAGCGCCAGUGCUGAAAGUGGUGAUAGCGGAGCCAGCGCGAAUCUUGAUUCCGAAGCCUCGGCUCAUAGCAGCCAGAUCAGUCUCGGUGACCAUUAUGCCGUUCCAGCAGCGCCCGUUCGAUGA